CUGGGGGAACACUUCCGGGAACUGCGCACCCGCCUGUUGAUCUGCGUCGUGGCGCUACUCAUCGGGGCCGCUGUUGCCUUCUACUUCUACCUGGAUAUUUUUGAGUUUCUGAUCCGACCCGCCCGGGAAGUGGCCGGCGACGACGGAUUCCGACCCAUCUACACCGAGGUGACCGAGUUGCUCGGAACCACGGUGCGGGUGUCGUUGCUGGGCGGCUUCGUACUGGCGCUACCUGUCAUUUUGUACAACGCCAUCCGGUUCGUCGCGCCCGGUUUGACCCCGCGCGAGCGGAGAAUACUGUUUUCCUUCCUCCCGGCGGCGUUGCUGGCGUUCGUCGGCGGAAUGGCGUUCGGAUACUUCGUGAUGAUUCCACCAGCCCUGAAAUUCCUGCUCACCUUCGGUGGAGACGUCGCCGAACCACUCAUCCGCAUCAGCAACCUGAUCAGCAUUAUGCUGCGGCUGCUGUUCUGGCUGGGCAUUUCUUUCGAAACUCCCUUGGUUAUGUACGUAUUGGCUAUCCUGGGCAUCGUGCGGGCUGGCGGUUUUGCCCGGUUCCGCCGCCUCUGGCUGGUAGCAUCUUUCGUAAUCGCCGCCGCCAUCACGCCCACCAUUGACCCGGUCAACCAGGCCAUCGUCGCCGGCCCGUUGAUCAUUCUGUAUGAGCUGGGAAUCCUGCUGGCCCGUUUUGCCGGCCGCCGCCGCUCUGCGUCCACAGCCUAG